GUGGGAGGUGAUUGGAGUGACUUAGGGUAUCAAGCUGCUUUGUUGAGGGGCCCCCUUUUCCUAGAAACUUCAGCACACCAAGAAGUCCUUAUCCGCGCAGGCCUUGAGCAUGGGCUCGGAUGUCAGCCCCUGCAUCCUCCGCCCCCGCUCCCUGCUUCCCAGGGUGGCAGACUCACCAAGGCCAGGGCUGCCUACCCACACCUACAGGGCUGAGUACAGCCCAACCAGGUACCUGCUGCUGGCCUGGAGCAUUCCAGCCUGGAUAGACCACCAUGGUGGGCACCACACUCCUGCUUCUGGCCCUGCUCCCUGGGACCGCCACUGUGCUCAAUGAACCACUUGCACUCCCGUUCCCUGGGGCACCUGGCCCCUGGCUGCGCAGACCCCUUUUCAGUCUGGAUUUAUCAGACACAGAGGAUUCAUUCCCUCGCCGCACUGGACCACUGGAGGUUCCAGCCGACAGCCAUGUGUUUGUGCAGGCGGCUCUGGCCCGUCCUUCACCGAGAUGGGGCCUGGCCCUGCAUCGCUGCUCCCUAACGCCUUCCUCACGCCCGGCCCUGGGGCCUGCUCUGGUGCUUCUACGUGGGGGCUGCCCGGCCGAUGCCUCUGUCAGCUUCUCACCACCUCCACACCCGGAUGCUGCUCACCCUGCACGCUUCAGCUUCCGCCUGCGCCCGGUAUUUAACGCCUCAGUGCAGUUCUUGCACUGCCAGAUAAGCCGUUGCCGUCGCAGCAAGCGCCACCGGGCUGUCCGCCAGACACAGACGCCUCUGACCCCACCUUCGCAGUGUCUGCCUCAGGAUGAGGCAUGCACUGGCAGCGGUGAGAGCCUUGGUGCCGACAGCCCGCUCCUGCACACUCUGACGCAGCCCAUCGUGGUCACAGUACCUCGUCCGCCCCCUAGGCCGUCCAAGAGCAUCCCAGGCAGGGCCGUGCGCCCCGAGCCGUCCGCUCCAGCCGCUGCAGCCUUGGAGCCCGCACCAGUGGUGGCGUUAGUGUUGGCGGCAUUCGUGCUGGGUGCUGCGCUGGCUGCAGGGCUCGGUCUCGUCUGCGCGCACUCAGGUACCGACUUCUGUCCCGCCAGAACCCCACAUCUAUUUCCACACGUACGGACAGCCUACUCCCUCAUACAUCACCCCACCCCCAUAUAUCCCGUGCGCCCUAAAACUUCUCUCUCGGAUCUGGCCCUCAGGGCUAGUAUACCUGCUGCAGCUCCCACCAGGGGGCGCGCUUACCCUGGCACAGCUCACAAGCAACCCCUAUCCUAGCCCGCUUCUUCUUUCAGCACCUCCAGCCCCCGGCCAGCCUCUUAGAGCUUCGCCCAGCGGCCCCCAGCUCCAGAGGCCCUCGUAGGCAGGUAAGCACAGGGUGCCAAGAUCUGAAGCAAGAGCUAGGAGAUGGUGAUGGUAAGGGUCCUUCACAGCCCUUACUCACAGGGCUCCAAAUAGUUUGAAUAUUCAUUUAGUCUUUUGAACAACCUUCAGGCGGCUACUUUUACCGUUUCCAUCAGAGAUUUUCUUUAAAACAACAACAACAACAACAACAAAACACGGCACUUUUUAUGAGGCUAAGUAACUUGUCAAGGUGGAGCUGGAAAUUGAAUGUGGGGCAUGGGGUUACCAGCAGUUCUUGAACAGGCACUAGGUAAGAGUUAGGGAUAAAACACAGUUCCUAGUCUCACACCGGUGCAUAGACUGAUGGAAGAAGCCAAUGUCUGCUGGGAAAAUGUUGUGACCCGAGAGGUGAUCUCCCAUGCUGAGCCUCUGCCUCCUCUAGAGAUGCCACAACGCGGUGAAGUCCUCCGAUGCACCCAGUCAUGGAUUCAGAACCUUUUGGGAGGACUUCUGCACGUCUCUCCUCCAUCACGCCCUUCUCAUCUUUACUCCCCUGGUUCAAAAUAAAUUGCGGACCUGCCUGCUAA